AUGCUGUGUAAGAUUUGCAAAGAAGGGUUAGAGGGUAUAUGGGACCCUGAAAGAACAAGGCGGCUGAAGAUAGACGAUAGCGACGAAGAAUAUGGCAAUGGCCGAGGUAGUCAGUGGGAGCCGGAAAUAUGGGUGUUUGGGCAUCACCUCAACAGGGAAUCCUUUGUGGCAUCUAUCGAGCAAGGCUGUGUCGUAUGCUACAAAUUCGCGCCAUUGCAAGAUAUGGAGAACCUGGACCGGGAAACCCUUAACACACAACUGGAGGGUGUUGAAUAUUUUUCCGUAUUCAAGAUAUUAUUGAAGCCUCGUUGCGUGGAAAUGACGGUGUACUAUGGUAACAUCUCCGGCACCUGUGAUAUGAUUCCGCAUGAAGGUUUUGAUGAGAAUUUGAGCUUUGAAAUAGGGGCAUCCACUGACGACCAGACAACGUGGGUGUUAAUUGAGCGGUGGCUUAAUCGAUGUCUUCAAGGACAUCCGACUUGCGAUGAUCAGCAUGAAGCAAACUUUAUCCCAAGCCGGCUUUUAGAACUGCAAACAGACAGGUUUGAUAAAAUGUUCCGUCUUGUUGAAAGGCAACAUGUCCAGCCCGGAGAGCGCUAUAUAACGCUAAGCCACUGCUGGGGGUCAACGCCAUCCAACCCCGACUUGAUCUUGUUGGAGGACACAUUUCGCAAACUGAAAGAAUACCAACCGCUCUCUGUCCUUCCCAAAACAUUCAAGCACGCUUUCAUCAUCAUUGAACGGCUGAAAGUUCGGUACAUAUGGAUUGACCGUCUCUGUAUACUCCAGGAUUCGCCUGAGGACUGGCAAAGCGAAUCCGCAACUAUGGGGCAAAUAUACAAGAAUGCAUUUCUGGGAAUUUCUGCCCUGGGAUCAAGUAACGAUGCUGAUGGCUGCUUUUUCUCCCGAGACUCAGCACAAGUUGCCCCUAGCGUCGUCAACAUACGUGUCGAUAAUUGGAGUGAUCCCAAAACAUUCAGGUUUCGCUCAGAAAAGGGUUGGGCUUGGAAAGUAACAUUUGAUCGAGAACCUUUGCCAAAGCGAGGCUGGACCUUGCAAGAACGUCUUUUAUGCCCACGGGUUUUGCACUUUGGUCGGAAACAAGUUUUCUGGGAGUGCAGGGAAUGUACCUGCUGCGAAAUACAGCCGAACAAUGUUUACGAGUACGAUGGUAAUCGCAACGACAAGAACAAUGAUAAUGGGGAUUCUCUGGACAAAUCAUCGUUAUCAUCGCCGGCCGCUCAACACAACCACCUUUGGAAACAGCUUCUUGAUGCUCCAAAGGUAAGGUACAUAGGUGAUCCUAGAGACCAAAUCUACGUAGAUUGGUGCGCAAUCGCAAUGGUUUUCACGGCUUGCCAGCUUACAGUUCCCUCGGACAAGCUUGUAGCUAUUUCUGGCUUGGCAAAAGAUGUCCGGAGGCGCCUCAAGGGUCUAGGUUAUGAUGAAGAUGAUUAUCUUGCUGGGCUUUGGCGUCAGAAUCUACCGGGGUGUUUGACUUGGAAGGUCUUGAAACCCGGCCGCAGACCUCCUUCGUACCGCGCACCUUCCUGGUCGUGGGCUUCUGUGGACGGUGCUGUUCAGUUGUGCUAUCCAGGCACACAUUCUGUGCAAAAGAAAACUGCCCAGCCUUUUGCGCUUGUCAUCAGCGCUAAAUGUAUUCCUUGCGGAGAAGAUGAGACAGGUCAAGUGGCCAGUGGUAGUGUCACUUCGAAAGGACCUCUCGCGUCUGCAACGCUCAUUCCAAGCGUCAAGACUCUUCCGGAAGAGACUGCCAUGUCUGUACUGAGCCUUGAAACCCCUGGAGUGGAAGGUCAAAAGCCUACAAUUAAGUAUCCGCGAGCUCGGUGCGAGGUGAUAUUUGACGUCAAGAGUGAGAUGUGUGCCGAGAUCUACUGCCUGCCAAUCGAAGCUCGCCAUAUGUUCAGAAAAGUUUGGGAACUCUUUGGUCUGGCCUUAAUUCAGACUAAGCGAGACACGUACUCUCGAGUUGGCUACGUUGAAAUGCUGCACGAGAGUGAGAUGGCUGCAAAGAAUUUCUUCUCCGAUUUUCCGGAGCAUACUUGCGUCCUCGAGUGA